UAUUCAUGGAUAUUUCUUGCAGGGGUCGUCGAGAUGGUUCGCGUGAAGACCGUCUAUUCUAAAACGUACGUGACGCCGCGUCGUCCGUUCGAAAAAGCGCGUCUCGACCAGGAAUUAAAACUUAUCGGUGAAUACGGACUGCGUAACAAGCGUGAAGUAUGGCGUGUAAGGUACACCUUGGCCAAGAUCCGGAAAGCCGCUCGUGAGCUACUCACGUUGGACGAGAAGAACGAACGUCGUCUUUUCGAAGGAAAUGCGUUGCUCCGUCGCCUUGUGAGAAUCGGGGUGUUGGACGAAGGACGUAUGAAACUUGAUUACGUUUUGGGCCUCAAGAUUGAAGAUUUCCUAGAGCGUCGUUUGCAAACGCAGGUGUUUAAACUUGGAUUGGCCAAGUCGUUUCAUCAUGCCCGAGUUCUUAUUCGUCAACGACACAUCAGAGUUCGAAAGCAGGUCGUGAACGUGCCUUCUUUCAUGGUGCGCUUGGAUUCGCAGAAGCACAUUGAUUUCUCGUUGAAGUCACCGUUUGGCGGCGGAAGAGCCGGUCGUGUGAAGCGGAAGAACCUGAAGAAGGGUCAAGGCGGCGGCGGCGGUGACGAGGAAGAAGACGAAGAUUGAGCAAAAUUUUGAGGAAUUGUGCUGAAAGCGUCGGGAGUAAAGUGUUACUUCGGAA